UCUUCACGCAGCUGUCUUAACGCAGCUGUCUAGGGUUUUUGCCUCACUCUUCUUCACUCUUAAACCUAGCAGUCAGUCUCUCUUCCUCAAAUUCGCCAUGGGUAAAAAAUCCGCCAUCAAAGCUGAAGCAGCACCUGUUGCCAUCAAGGCCACCAAGACUUUGAAGAAAGGUAAGAGAGAGCCUGAGGCUGAUGUGGAUACCAAAGUGAACCUAAAGAAGCAGAAGAAAGACGUGAUUGCUGCUGUUCAGAAGGAGAAAGCUGAGAAGAAGGUGCCUAAAAAAGUCGAGAGCUCUGACUCAUCUGACUCUUCUGAUAUCGAGGAAGAAGAACCCGCACCUAAGAAGGCCGUUGCUUCUACUAACGGAACUGUCGCAAAGAAAGCAAAGGAUGACUCAUCCUCUGAGGAAGAAUCUUCAGACGAGGAAGAUGUUGCUGCUACCAAGAAGCCUGCUGCUGCUAAAAAUGGCUCAGUGAAGGCUAAGGCAGAGAGCUCCUCUGAGGAAGACUCUUCUGAUGAAUCAGAAGAUGAAUCUGAGGAUGAGAAGAAACCUGCUGCUAAGAAGGCAGCUCCUGCUACUACCAAGGCUGCUGGCGGUUCAGAUUCAUCUGAGGAAGAUUCUGAUGAGGAAAGUGAAGAUGAGAAAGAAACCCCGAAGAAAAAGAACUCUGAUGUUGAAAUGGGUGAUGCUGAGCAGAAACAGCCUAAGACCCCAUCGACUCCUGCUACAGGAGGAUCAAAGACACUCUUUGUUGCCAAUCUCUCAUUCAACGUUGAGAGAGCAGAUGUUGAGAAUUUCUUCAAAGAUGUUGGCGAAGUUGUUGAUGUUAGAUUUGCCACGUCAAGAGAUGAUGGCAGUUUCAGAGGUUUUGGCCAUGUUGAGUUUGCAACUGCUGAACAAGCACAGAAGGCACUGGAGCUUCACGGUACAUCCAUGCUUGGUCGUGAUAUCCGUCUUGAUGUUGCUCAAGAGAGGGGAGAGAGAACCGCAUACACUCCACAGAGCGGUGCCGGUGGAAACUUCAAAAGCGGUGGUGGAGGUCAAUCUAUUUUCGUAAAGGGAUUUGACUCUUCUCUUCCUGAAGAAGACAUCAAGAGCGCAUUGACUAAACACUUUUCUUCAUGUGGAGAGAUCACAAGGGUUUCUGUUCCCUGUGACCGUGAAACCGGAUCUUCCAAAGGAAUUGCUUUCCUUGAUUUUCAAGAAGGCGCAGACAAGGCGUUGGACCUUAAUGGUAGUGACAUGGGAGGCUGGAGUCUUGUUGUUGAUCAACCGAGGGAGAAGACUAGUGGUGGAUUCAGUGGUGGCGGAAGGAGCGGUGGUAGAGGAAGAGAUAGUGGUGGUCGUUUUGGUGGAAGGAGCGGUGGUGGUAGAGGAAGAGAUGGUGGCCGUGGUCGUUUUGGUGGUGGAAGGGGCGGUGGCAGGGGAAGAGAUGGAGGUCGUGGAUACAAACCUAGUUUCACUCACUCAUCAGGUAAGAAGACUACCUUUAACGACGAGUAGAAGCUUUAUAUGUAGAAGAAAAUGCUCUUCUUAUGUCCUUUAACUUAUGAUACUUUACAUCUCCUUUCUAUUGUUUCAGUUUUGUUUCUGUUCUAGUUAUGUUUUUGUCCGAACCUUCAAUUUUUGUCUCAAUGUUAAAUCAAAAGCUCAAUCUUGAGUUCU